AUGGGAAUCCAGUUCAACGCUUUCGACUGUGGUGGAAUUGAGAUCGGUUUGUGUAUUUCUCACAAGAUCGGCGACGCGUCAUCGUAUUUCGCGUUUUUGAAUACAUGGGUAGCGAUUUCUCGUGGGGAUAAUAAGAACAUAGUUACGCCUGAAUUCGUAUCGGAUAAGCUUUUUCCGCUGCAAAACUUAUCGGCGCCUGAAUUGUGGUUGACGCCGACGAGUGAAAAGAACUUAGCUACAAAAAUGGUGGUGUUUACUUCAUCUAAAAUAGAGGAAAUCAGAGCAAAAUAUACAACUGAAAAUGAAAUCAUCCACCCUUCACGUAUUGAAGCAAAAUCAGCUUCCAUAUGGACUCGUUUCAUUGCUUCCAUUAAAGAAAAACCAAGCCAUAAUGAGUUCUACGUGAUUCUUCAUACAGUUAAUUUACGCACAAGAUUUGAGCCGCCGCUUUCAGCUCAGUUUUUUGGGAACAUUUUUCACCUUGCAAGAACAGUUCCUUCCAUGGACAAGGAAGAAGACGAUGGAUCAUAUAAUCUGAAUCUGGUUGUUUUCAUGGAUACUGCAAAUGGUGAUGGCAUAGAAGCUUGGAUUCAUCUCAAGGAAGUAGACAUGGCUUAA